UCCGAGGCGGUCUCUCUCGCAGCAGCUCUCGAAGGGACGCGGAGCGGCCGCCAACGGAGCAGGAUGCUCUGCGGGGCUCCUUGAGGCGGGGGGUCGCAGGAAACAGCUUCGGGGGCCGGGACCACCAGUCAGCUUUCACCAUGCAUCAGUCCCUGACUCAGCAGCGGUCCAGCGACAUGUCCCUGCCCGAUUCCAUGGGAGCCUUCAAUCGGAGGAAACGAAACUCCAUCUAUGUGACCGUGACUUUGCUUAUUGUGUCUGUGCUGAUUCUCACUGUGGGUCUUGCAGCAACCACUAGGACCCAGAAUGUGACGGUUGGAGGUUAUUAUCCCGGAGUGAUUCUCGGCUUUGGUUCAUUUCUUGGAAUCAUUGGCUCAAACCUGAUUGAAAACAAACGCCAGAUGCUCGUGGCGUCUAUCGUCUUCAUCAGCUUUGGCGUGAUUGCGGCCUUUUGUUGCGCUAUCGUGGAUGGAGUCUUUGCUGCCCGACACAUUGAUCUGAAACCACUCUAUGCUAACCGGUGCCACUAUGUCCCCAAGACAUCCCAGAAGGAAGCUGAGGAGGUCAUAAGUUCCUCAACCAAAAAUUCUCCUUCGGCGAGGGUUAUGAAGAACCUUACCCAGGCAGCUAAAGAGGUGAACUGCCCUCAUCUGAGCCGUGAGUUCUGCACUCCUCGCAUUCGGGGAAAUACCUGCUUCUGCUGUGACCUCUACAACUGUGGCAGCCGGGUGGAGAUCACUGGUGGCUACUAUGAAUACAUUGAUGUCAGCAGCUGCCAGGACAUCAUCCAUCUCUACCACCUGCUCUGGUCUGCCACCAUCCUCAACAUCGUCGGUCUGUUCCUGGGCAUCAUCACAGCUGCAGUCCUGGGAGGCUUUAAGGACAUGAACCCAACUCUUCCGGCACUGAACUGUUCUGUUGAAAAUGCCCAUCCGACUGUUUCCUAUUAUGCUCGUCCUCAAGUGGCAUCGUACAAUACCUACUACCAUAGCCCUCCUCACCUGCCACCCUAUUCUGCUUAUGACUUUCAGCAUUCCGGUACCUUCCCGUCCUCCCCUCCCUCUGGACUUUCUGAUGAGCCUCAGUCUGCCUCUCCUUCACCCAGCUACAUGUGGUCCUCAAGCGCCCCACCCCGUUAUUCUCCCCCCUACUAUCCUCCUUUUGAGAAGCCCCCGCCAUACAGCCCCUAAAGAGGAAUUUCUGCCAGCUAUUACGAUUAUCUUAUCGUGGCUUUUGUAUUUCUGCUUUAGUGAAAGUGUGUAGGGAACAAAAUGUCAAGUGAGAUUCUUAGGCAUUGUUUCAAGUUGGAUAACAAACCUCCUGGGAUAGGGAUAGGGGUGAAUUUAUUCAAGAUCAGGAUGGAGCAGGGCUAGAUGAAACCCCACAUUUCCAAGAUGGGCAGAGCACACUUUCCAAACCAGGUGAGGCAUUCAGCCCAGCAAGAAACUUGUUUUAUGAUUGGAUUUGUAUUACCUGCAGUCACACAGCUGUCUGUGCUCAGAAGCCUGGCUUCCAUCUAUUUCACUUCGUGUAAAUGGGGUAUCAUCCUUAGACCUGUGGUCCCCAAACCCUUGGUCCCCUAGCACCUUAGUUGGCUUAUAGGCACUAUCUCGCCCUACCACCAAAGUCAGUUCCUAAGGAAAAAUUCCCAGAUGGUGUGGUAAUACAGUAGUUCCAAUACACAGAGUUCUGGCUAAGAUUUUCUUUGCUUAUGUCUGGAUGUGGAAAAAUGCUACCCAUCUUAGUCCUUUCUUCUGAGUAUUGUAAAAAUGGCUGCUGUGAUCAUUCCCCUCUGCUUUUAUUAUCAGUACCUCCCAAAGGGAAAAGUGCAAUAUCCCCUCAAAUAGUGGGGAACAAGACUGAUGAUUCAGGAAGCACUGAAAUGCACAGAGUGUAUGUGGGGUGUAGAAAGUCAUCUGAGAGGAGACGGUGAUUCUACUCUAUGUUCCAGUAUUACACAAUACAGUUGCUACAGGAGACAGAAAUAGUUCAGUUAAAAUUCAGAGUUUAAAAAAUUGCUAGAUUAGUUUCCUGGAUUGGGAGAGGAAUUGUUACUAAUCUUUGUGACUAUUUAAUCUUAAAUAUUAUGCUUCAAACCCAGCAAAAUGCACGUGCCCGGCAACCCACCCCACAAGAAUCAUCUGUAUUUUAGUGCCACUGCUCUUACUGGUCCUUUUGUUUCUGUUGUGACCAAUCAUGACUGCCUCCAUCCAAGAUUAUGAAAAGUGUUACAAUGCCGCUUCAAGUCUGCAACACAAACCUCAACCUGUAGCCAACUGGACAAAUUCCUAGGUGUUAGUGUAGAUUUAAAAUUCAUCUCACACAUUGUGGUAGGUACAGUUAUUUCGGUUUGACAUAGCUUUAAAUCCACCAACCUGAUAAUUUUAACUUUGGGCCCCAGGCUCUCACUUCAGAAGAACCCUUCCAUUACCUUUUCAUUGCAAUCUGACUUUAACCUGAGAAUUCAUGGUUUCAAGAACGCUAGAUAAACGGGCCACUUACACAGUAUAAAACUAAAGGGGCUAUAGGAGGGUGCCUCAUUUGUUCUGCAAACACAGAACACGUACUGGAAAAAUUUCCAGCCAAUUUCACUACCUCCUGACCUGAUGGACUGGAGGUAGCAGGCAAAUGCUGGUGCUCCCAUCUAUCUUGUAGACACACAGUUAACCACAAAUUUCCAAGGCACGAGGGGUGCACACAUAGUUCACCAGGAAAAUUUGCAAAAAUUCAACUUAACUUUGAGCCUCACGGAUGUUAUCUCAUCUGGAUUUCAAAUUUGAAAAACUAGAAUCCUUCUGAGGUAUAUAAAAGCACGAUUAUUUUCUACAGUUCUGAGCAUAUUAAAAUUCUAUUGGAUUUCAAAAAAGGGAGUAAUAACCAAUUGACUUACUAUACAAACAGGAACUUGUAAUACUCAAUGAAGUUUUUUGCUGUUUACACUUUACCUUUUGCUUUAGUGUGUAUGAGUAUUUAAUUUUCUAAAAGGCACCAUUACACAGUAUAUCCGACAUUUAUCACAUUUCUUAAAAAUGUUAAGAUUCUACAACUCAUUUCUAUGUAUUUUUCUUACUUUACAUAACUUGAAACAGUAUAGAUUUUGUAACACUUAAUUUGAGCAGCUUCUUUUUUUAUUCUAUUGAAUUCUAUAAAGUGCAUGCUACCUUUAAAAAAUUAAUAUUUGCGGCUUUACUCUUUUGCAAAACAUUUGCUGUAAUGAAGGAAUUUGUAUUUCCAAUUAUGUAUCUCGACUGCUUUUUUAAUAUUUACUGCUCUCUUCCUAAUUCUGCUUUAAAGUAUUGAACUGGGCAUGAAACAUUAAAGUAUUAAUCCAGAACCUGUA